UCUUCCAUCUACUCUAUCCCCACCUCUUCCUCCUCCAACCACUCUAUCUCUUCCUCAUCUCCCUCCAUCUACUCUAUCUCCUCCUCUUCCUGCUCCAACUACAUUAUUCUCUCCUCUUCCCCCUCCAUCUACUCUAUCACCUCCUCUUCCUAACCAUCUACUCUAUCCUCUCCUCUUCCUCCUCCAACUGUUCUAUCCCCUCCUCUUCUUUCUCUUGCUCCUACAUCUACUCCAUCCCCUCCUCUUCCUCCUUUAUCUAUUCUAUCCCCUCUUCUACCUCCUCCAACUACUCCAUCACCUAUUCUUUCUCCUCCAUCUACUCUAUCCCCUCCUCUUACUCUUUUUUCUCCUCCAUCUACUUAUGCUCUGCUCUUCAUCCUCCAUGUACUCUAUCACCUCCUUUCUCUCCACAAUCUAUUCUAUUCCCUCCUCUUCCUCAUCCAUCUACUCUUCCCCCCCUCUUCCUCCUCCAUCUACUCUAUCCUCUCCUCUACUUACCCCAUCGACUCUAUACCUUCCUCUUCCUCCACAAUCUAUCCUGCCCUACCUCUUCCUCCUCCACUCCUCUAUCUACUCAAUCACCCCCUCUUCCUCCUCCAUCUACUCUAUCACCUCCUCUUCCUCCAUCUACUCUUUGGUCUCCUCUUCCAACUCCAUCUACUUCAUUUUCUCUUCUUCCUCCAUCUACUCUAUCCUCUGUUCUUCCUGCUCCAUCUACUCCAGCCCUCCUUUUCCUCCUCCAUCUAAUUUAUCCCCUCCUCUUCCUCCUCCCUCUACUCUAUCCUCUCCCUUUUCUCCUCUUGCUCCUUCAUCAACUUUAUGACUUCCUCUUUCUCCUCUUUCUCCUUCAUCUAGUCUAUGCUCUUCGCUUUCUCCUCCAUCUACUCUAUCCCAUCCUCUGCCUCCUCCAUCUACUUUAUCCCCUCCACUUUCUCCCCCAUCUAUUCUAUGCCCCCUGUUCCUCCUCCAUCUGCUAUAUCAUCUCUUCCUCCCCUAUCUACUCCAUCCCCUCCUCUCCCUCCUCCAUCUUUGCCCUCCUCUUCCUACUCCACCUACUCUAUCCUCUCCUCUUCCUCCUCUUCUUCCACUAUCUAUUCUAUACCCUCUUCUUCAUCCUCUUCUUCCACCAUCUAUUCUAUCUCACCCUCUUCCUCCUCCAUCUACUCUAACACCUCUUCUUCCUCUACCAUUUACUCCAUACCUUCCUCUUCCUCCUCCAUCUUCUCUAUCUCCUCCUCUUACUCUUCCAUCAACUCUAUCACUUCCUCUUCCUCUUCUAUCUACUAUAAAACCUCUUCUUUCUCCUCUUCCUUCCACUACUCUAUUCCCCUUCUUCCUCCUCCAUCUACUCUAUCCCCUCCUCUUACUCAUCCAUCUACACUAUCCGCUUCUUUUUUCUUUUCCCUCCACCAUCUACUCUAUACCCUCAUCUUCCUUCUCUUGCUCCUCCACCUAACCUGUCGCUCCUCUUUCUCCUCAAUCUACUCUCUUUGCUCCUCUUCUUUUUCCUCUUCCAUCUACUCUAUCCCCACCUCUUCCUCCUGCAACUACUCUAUCUCUUCCUCAUCUCCCUCCAUCUUCUAUCACCUCCUCUUCCUCCUACAUUUACUCCAUCCCCUCCUCUUUCUCCUCUAUCUACUCUAUCCCCUCCUCUACCUCCUCCAUCUACUCCAUCACCUAUUCUUUCUCCUCCAUUUACUCUAUCCUCUCCUCUUACUCCUUUUUCUCCUUCAUCUACACUAUGCUCUCCUGUUCCUCCUCCAUGUACUCUAUCACCUCCUCUUCCUCCUCCAUCUACACUAUCCCCUCCUCUGCCUCCUUCAUCUACCCUAUCCCCUCCACUUUUUCCUCCAUCUACUCUAUCCCCUCUCUUCCUCCUCCAUCUUCUAUAUCGUCUCUUCUUCCUCCUCCAUCUACUCCAUCCCCUCCUCUUCUUCCUCCAUCGACUUUAUCCCCUCCUCUUCCUACUCCAUCUACUCUAUCCUCUCCUUUUCCUCCUCUUCUUCUACCAUCUACUCUAUACCUUCCUCUUCAUCCUCUUUCCACCACCUAUUCUAUUUCACCUUCUUCCUCCUCCAUCUUCUCUAUCACCUCUUCUUCCUCCACCAUUUACUCCAUAUCCUCCUCUUCCUCCUCUUCCUCCUUCAUCUAUCUUAUCAUCUCCUCUUGCUCUUCAAUCUACUCUAAAACCUCUUCUUCCUCCUCUUCUUCAUCCACUACUCUAUCCCCUCUCUCCCUCC